AAAGUGAAACUGGAAAUCAAUUAAAAUUUUUUAAUUAUAUACUGAAUACAUCAAAAUCACAUUUAAACAAUUUGUAUCACAAAUUAUAUAUCAUUAGAAACUUCAUCAGAAAUCUCUUACAACAAAAAAGUAUACAAUAUCUUAUCUUGUAUAUUGAGGCAUAUUUGAUUUAUGUUGACAUAUAAAUCCAAUUUAUAUAUAUGUUAUAAUAUUUAAUAAUAAAAUAUAAGCAUUAAUAAUACUGAAAAACAUAUUAAAUCUGUUCCUUUUAGCUACAAUUUUUUGUCAAAUCAAGUUAUAUUUGACGAGCUUGAAUUUAAAUAAUGGGAAUAUAAGAUAUUAGUCAAUUUAAAAAAAGAUGAAAAAAUGCAGAUAAAAAGAACAGAUUAAUAGUUUGUUAGAUGUGCAACAUAUUAUUCACAAAGAAUUAUACAAAAAUGUGAUACAGAAUAUCUUAAAAACUACAAAACACGCAUACAAUUGGCUUGGUACCAUAAGUAUACAUACAUGCGCGCGCGCGCAUAAUCUCACACUUAUAAAUGUAGGAAUACAUUUUAGUUUCUCACUGAUUUAUAUAAAGUAGUUAACUGUGUCUCAACAAAUUACUAAACGUUUCGAGAGACUCAAUUUUUUCACUCCUUUUUAACUUUUUUUUGUAUUAAAUUAUUUGCACUGUAAUUUGUAGUUUGUAAGAAUAUAUUGCAAGAACAAUAUUUUUUUUCUAAUUCAAAUUUAAAAGAAACUAUAAAAAUAUUAACACUUUAAUCGAUAAAAAACAAAAUUUAUCAAAUUAUAUAAUUUAUAAACUUUAUAAAAGUAAAACUUAUUAAUUUAUAAUAUCCUACGGAAUUUUUUUGCUGUGCUUUUGCUUGUUCUUUUACUCUUUGUUUAUUUUUUUUUAAUAUUGUUUAGGGUAUUACAAUUUGUGAUGUUUCAAAGUAGUUAAUUAGUGAGUUUAUUCUUACUAUUGUGCAUUUCCAAACUGAUUCAUUAAAAUAUUAAUAUUUUACUAGGUUUUUUGAAACUUAAAUUAACAAAAAACAUUGUUCUUGCAAUAUAUUUUUACAACUACAAAUUACAGUACAAAUAAUUUAAUACAAAAAAAGUUAGUGGAAAAGAGUGGAAGAAAUGAGGCUCUCGAAAUGUUUAGUAGUUUGUUGAGAUAUAGUAAACUACUUCAUAUAAAUCAGCGAGAAACUGUACAAAAAUAUUUGCACUGCAAUACAGAAAAAAAUCAAAGUUUAUUGCUUUAAAGAGUUUUUACUCUUUUUUAUUCUUUUUCUCGAAAAGAAAUAUGAAUCUUAACUCUUUCUCAAAAAUAAAAUGAAAUCUUUCUCUCAUCAGCACUUUACACAAAAUCUCUUUAUUCUAGCGUAUGUAAAACCAUCACAGAUGUUUCCGUUAUUAAUCAUUUUAUGAUAAUGAGUAUUAACAUGAAAUAGUUCAAAUAUUAUAAGUUUAUCUCUUUAUGGUUUAUUGUGCAAUUAUUUCUUUUAUUCAAUGGUUUACUUUUAAAUAUGUAUUAAAUAGAGAACAAAUGUUUUUAUAAUUGAUACUAUCAACAUUUUCUGUUUUAAAAUUAUUAAACAUUUUUAUAAUUUUGAAACAAAAUGUUAAUAGUAUCAGUAAUAAUGUUUAGGUUUAUAUAAAUAAUAAAUCAGUAAAUUUUUUUAAUGCAUGUAAUUUGUACUUUAAUUUGUAGAAAACGUUAUAAAAACAUUUUUUCUCGAUUUAAUACAUAUUUUUAAAAAACCAUUGAAAAAAAUAAUUGCACAAUAAACCAUAAAAAGAUCAACUUAUAAUUAUAAUAAUUGCUUUAUUUAAGAAAAAUUUGUAAAUCUAGUAUCGAGUAUCUAAAUUUCCUGUCUUAAGUGUAUGACAAUUUACAUGUACAAGUCGCACAAAAUUCUAGUACAAAGCUUCAAAAUGAAUCUACUUCAAAUAACAUGCCACUAGAGUGCUAUCUAUAUGUUCCAAUCGUACAUAAUUUUAGUACGGAGCUACAAAAUGAAUCUACUUCAAACAACAUGUUACCAGAGUGCUAUUUACAUGUUCCAAUCGUACAUAAUUCUAGUAUGGAGAUACAAAAUAACUCUACCUCGAAUGACGUGAUAUCAGAAUGCAAUUUACAUAUACAAGUCAUACAAAAUUCUAGUACGGAGAUACAAAAUGACCCUACCUCAACAUAGGUGCUAUCAGAGUGCAAUGUUCAUGUGCCAGUUGUACAAAAUGCUAGUAAGGAGCUACCAAAUGACUCUAUUUUAAACGACAUGUUAUCAGAGUGUAAUAUACAUGUACCAGUUAUAUAAAAUGCUAGUACGGAGCUACAAAACGACUCUACCUCAAACGACAUGCUAUCAGAGUGCAAUAUUUAUGUGCCAGUUUUACAAAACGCUAGUUUGGAUCUAGAAAACGAAUUUACCUCAAAUGGCAUGUUGUCAGAGUGCUCUUUAAAUGUGUCAACCAUACGAAAUGUUAGUACAGAGUUAGAAAAUGAAUCUGCCUCAAACAACAUGUGCAAUCUAUAUGUGCCAGUUAUACAGAACGUUAAUACAGAGCUACAAAAUGAAUCUGUCUCAAACGACAUGCUAUCAGAAUGUAAUCUACGUCAGGAUAUAUUAAAUCCAUCAGAAACAUCUAUUGAUAAUUUUACAUUAAAUACUAAUUUUGAUCAAACAGUAACUAUUUUAUUUGAUGAAUUGAAUAAUUUAGGGAUAUCUCCGAAUAAUAUGUUAAACUAUUCUAAUGAAGAUGAAAAUAAUGUAUCUAAGAAUCUCAAUCAAUCCUGCAAUGUGGAUAAUUCUAUGGAAAUUGAAAAUAACAGAAAUGAAGCAAAUCAUGAAAAAGCGAUGAAUGAUAUUGAUGUGGCAAAAUUAAUAAAAGAAUCUAAUAACAAUUUAAAACAGGUUAAUGACAUAUCGAACUUAAAUAAUUCUGAUUGUAGUCUCUGUAGAAUCAAGAAAAAAAGCUGCAUAUGAUUGCAUAUGUUGUGCUGGCUGUAAAGGCUUUUUUUAUUAAUUUUUUAAUGGCUUUUAAAAAUCGCCCUAAUAAUAAUAUACGUCAUCAUUUUUGUUUUUAUUGCAAAAAAAUGCAGGCAAAAAUAAGUAGACAUUUAGAACGUGUUCAUAAAAAUGAAGAGGAGGUAAAAAAGUUUACUGGACUACCAAAAGGUAAUAAAGAAAGACAAAAGAUUAUCGGACUUUUAAGACGAAGAGGCAAUUAUUUAUACAAUACAGAUCCCACAUAUAAUAAGGGAGAACUCAUAGUUUGUAGAAGACCAACAGAAUCAAGAAAAAAAGCUGCACAUGAUUUUAUAUGUUGUGCUGGCUGUAAAGGCUUUUUUACUAAGAAUAAUAUACGUCAUCAUUUUAAACAGUGUACAAAGAAAAUUGUUGGCAGAACUGUGAAAGUACUGGGAAGAAAAGUUCAAGGAAGAAUUCAUGAAAGUGCGAACUCUAUUUUAAGAAACGUUGUAUUUCCGAUAUUAAGAGAAGAUGACAUUAUCAGAUUGAUAAGAUACGAUGAAUUGUUGAUUACUUACGGUAACAAGUUGUGUAUAAAGUAUAAACAUCAACACCAACAAGAUAUGAUUAGAGCUCGUUUGCGAUUAUUAGGGCGAUUUUUAAAAGCCAUCAAAAAAAUUAAUAAAAAUGUCACAGAUUUUUUUAGUAUUUAUCAUCCAUCAAUAUAUGAUGACUGUAUUACAGCUGUGAAUCAAGUAGCAGGUUAUAACACAAGUACAAAAGUUUAUGCAGCUCCUUCCGUUGCAUCAAGAAUUGGCACUCUUAUAAAACAAAUAGGAAAUCUUGCUAUUGCUGAAUGCAUAAAACAGAAUAAAUUUCAAAAAAAAGUAGACAUAGAAAACUUUUUAAAGUUGCUACAAGAAGAUUUUGGCGUAUCUGUCAAUAAAACUGUUGAAGAAAGCAUAUUACAAGCUAAGCGCUAUCAAUUACAAGAAUUACCUCCGUUAGAAGAUAUAAAAUUAUUGCACAAUUUUUUACAAACUAAUAGGCGUUUGGCAUUUCAACGUCUCAGUGACACAUUUACUUAUGAUAACUGGCGGCAACUGGCACAAUUUACUCUAAUUUCGGUUCAAGUAUUUAAUAGACGAAGAGCCGGAGAAAUUGAACGCAUUUUUAUCGAUGAUUAUAAGCACCAAGAAGGUAUAAAUGAACAAACAAAUCCAGAUUUAUACGAAUCUUUAUCACCUGAAGCUCAAAAAGUAAGUUUGCAAUGCUUCUAUGUGUAAUCAUUUAACGGAAACUUGGGGCAGAAUGGGAUAGUGGGAUAAAUGAGACGGUACUAUUAUUUUCAUUGCACAGUGCCACAACCAUGCAGAAAACUUGUUACAAUCAAGAAAGUGGCCUCAAUCUUAUCACGACUGUUGAAGCACUUCACUAAUUUUCACGGUUGCGGCACCAUGCAAUGAAAGUAAUAGUAC